AUGGCCGCCAAUAUGGCCACCUUGUCCCUUCCGAGUUCUAGAGUUGGCUCAAAAUCUCCCCGUAAAAAGAAGCCCCCAAAACGUCCUGGAAAUUCACCAGGAAGUUCAGGCAAUCCAAGCAGUUCACCCAGUGGAUCUAGCAAACCAAGUGGCCCCAGUAGCCCAGGAAGUUCUCCCGGAAAUUCGGGCGAACCAAGCAGUCCGGGCAGUUCUCCUGGUGAAUCUAACAACCCAAAUGGCCCGAGUAAUCCAGGAAGUUCCACCGGAAAUUCGGGCAACCCAAGUGGCUCCGGCAGUUCACCCGGUGAAUCUAUCAAUCCAAGUGCUCCUAGUAGCCCAGGAAGUUCUCCCGGAAAUUCAGGCAACCCAAGCGGUCCAGGCAGUUCACCUGGUGAAUCUAGCAAUCCAAGUGGCCCAAGCAGCCCAGGAAGUUCUCCUGGAAAUUCGGGCAACCCAAGCAGUCCAGGCAGUUCACCCGACGAAUCUAGCAACCCAAAUGGCUCGAGCAAUCCAGGAAGUUCCACCGAAAAUUCGGGCAACCAAAGUGGUCCCGGCAGUUCUCCCAGUGAAUCUAGCAAUCCGAGUAGCCCGGGUAACCAAGGCAGUUCUCCCGAUGAAUCUAACAACCCAAGUGGCCUUAGUAACCCAGGAAGUUCUCCCGGAAAUUCGGGCAAUCCAAGCGGGCCCGGUAGUUCAUCUGGUGGACCCAGCAACCCAAGUGGCCCCAGCAACCCAGGAAGUUCUCCCGGCAAUUCGGGCAACCCAAACAGUUCUGGUAGCUCUCCCGGUGGAUCCAACAAUCCAAGUGGCGCCAGUAACCCAGGAAGUACUCCCGGAAAUUCGGGCAACCCAAGCAGUCCCGGUAGUUUACCUGGUGGACCUAACAAUCCAAGUGGCCCCAGUAACCCAGGAAGUUCCCCCGGAAAUUCGGGAAAUCCAAGCAGUCCCGGUAGUUCACCUGGUGGAUCCAGCAACCCAAGUGGCCCCAGUAACCCAGGAAGUUCUCCCGGAAAUUCAGGCAACCCAAACAGUCCUGGCAGUUCUCCUGGUAGUUCCAGCAAUCCAAGUGGCCCUAGUAGCCCAGGAAGUACUCCCGGAAAUUCGGGCAACCCAAGCAGUCCUGGUAGUUCACCCGGUGGACCUAACAACCCAAGUCGCCCCAGUAACCCAGGAAGUUCUCCCGGGAAUUCUGGCAACCCAAGCAGUCCCGGCAAUUCUCCCAGUGGUUCCAGCAACCCAGAGAGAGAUGAAGACGAAGAUGACGAAUCUACAAGCACAACGGGAACCAUUGUCAUCGCUAACCACGAAGGUCCAGGAACGAGUGAAGUGGAUGCAGGAGCUAGUGCAAAAUCUCCCCGUAAAAAGAAGCCCCCAAAACGUCCUGGAAAUUCACCAGGAAGUUCAGGCAAUCCAAGCAGUUCACCCAAUGGAUCUAGCAACCCAAGUGGCCCCAGUAGCCCAGGAAGUUCUCCCGGAAAUUCGGGCAACCCAAGCGGUCCAGGCAGUUCACCUAGUGAAUCUAGCAACCCAAGUGGCCCGAGUAAUCCAGGAAGUUCUACUGGAAAUGCGGGCAACCCAAGCGGUCCAGGCAGUUCACCCGAUGAAUCUAGCAACCCAGGCGGCUCCAGUAACCCAGGAAGUUCUCCCGGAAAUUCUGGCAACCCAAUCGGUCCAGGCAGUUCACCCGAUGAAUCUAGCAACCCAAGCGACUCCAGUAACCCAGGAAGUGCUCCCGAAAAUUCGGGCAACCCAAGCGGUCCAGGCAGUUCACCCGAUGAAUCUAGCAACCCAAGCGGCUCCACUAACCCAGGAAGUUCUCCCGAAAAUUCGGGCAACGCAAGUGGUCCCGGCAGUUCACCCGGUGAAUCUGGCAAUCCGAGUGGCCCGGAUAACCCAGGCAGUUCACCCGAUGAAUCUAGCAACACAAGCGGUUCCAGUAAUCCAGGAAGUUCUCCCGAAAAUUCAGGCAACCCAAGCGGUCCAGGCAGUUCACCCGAUGAGUCUGGCAAUCCGAGUGGCCCGGAUAACCCAGGCAGUUCACCCGAUGAAUCUAGCAACCCAAGCGGCUCCAGUAACCCAGGAAGUCCCGAAAAUUCAGGCAACCCAAGUGGUCCCGGCAGUUCACCCGGUGAAUCUGGCAAUCCGAGUGGCCCGGAUAACCCAGGCAGUUAUCCCGGUGAAUCUAGCAACCCAAGUGGCCCGAAUAAUCCAGAAAGUUCUACCGGAAAUUCAGGCAACCCAAGUGGCUCCGGCAGUUCACCUGGUGAAUCUAGCAAUCCGAGUGGCCCGGAUAACCCAGGUAGUAGCAGCUCUGGAAGUUCUCCAAGUACACCUGGCGGCUCAGCUAGCAAACCUGCGGAAUGCAAACCUAUUAUUAUAUACAGAUAUCCAAGACAUAGACAUCAUAGACACAAGGAGCGUUAUGUUUUGGUACCAGAAAUAACAAUUACGGGUACAGACAAAGAAAACGAUGAGAAUCAGUCACCGUCGGACAAAGGCAGCAAUAUGAAGCCGUCACCUUCAAAUAAACCUGGUCGUCCUUCUAAGACUCCGUCUCCUCGACCAUCGCCGGCACAACCAUCACCGGCACCACCCGCACCACCAUCACAACCCGCACCACCAGCGUCAUCACCAGAUAAACCUGGUCGUCCUUCUAAAACUCCGUCUCCUCGACCACCACCGGCACAACCAGCAUCGGCACCACCCGCACCACCAUCACAACCCGCACCACCAGCGUCAUCACCAGGUAGAGAGAGAUCUUCCUAUCACAUCGAGGUCAUCCGCAUACCCUAG